AUGCUCGCACAAGGCCCCGCAGUCGGAGUAGAGGCUUGGGUGGAAGGGAAGGACGAUAAAAAGAGACUCCACGAACACCAAGUACAGCAUCAUCCUGCAAAGAACGGAGAGUCCUCUUAUACUGAAUGUUUCCUUGAAACAAUUGAUGAGGCAUUCGUGAUCACAUUAUCUAAAAGUGAUCAUCGCUUUGAUAGACAUGCUUUCAGGAGCUCUCUAUUCAUAGAUGGUAGUGUGGUGAAAAAUACGGCGUGGUUGAAAGACUCACCUUCAAUGGAAUGGGAUGAAGUUUGGGAGAAAGAAGGCAACCAGAUGAAGAAGUCAUAUUUGAAGUUCGCCCCUUUACCUACAACGGAUGAUCAAACCAAGGUGACUAUCGAUCCACUGACCAUGAAGAGCCUCGGAACGAUCGAGAUCACCUUAGAGCGAGGGAAAUUUAGAGAGUCUGGUGUACAACAGGUCCACACGCAUCAGCUUAAGAAUGGUACCAUCCAUGAAAAAGGAAAGAAAUUCGCCUAUUCAGUGACUGCUGCGGAUUCAACAGUCUGCGAACGACCUUCGAUGAUGCAUUAUACUUUUACGCCAGACCAGAACCGAAAAUUCACCCACCGUUUCAUCUUUAGGUAUCGACCAAGACCUGUGCUCGUCCAGAUGGGUAUCAUCGAUGAACCUGAACCUUCGCCCCCUCCAACACCUCCUCGAGCGGCACGUAAAAGAAAUGCCGAUGCGAUUGAUAUUGAAGCGAUAUCUGAAGGUGAAGGAGAGGAAGGAGAUGUGAAACCUGAUCUGAACGCUAAGAGAGUGAAAUACUUGGAGGAGCAAGUCAGACUACUUGCGGACCAGCUCAAACGAACUCGAAACGGUAGUAAGGAUAAGGAUGAUGUGGUCGAUCUUACGUUGGAUGACGAUUGA